GCAAGUAAUGGGGGGACACUAGGGACAGGUGGGCUGUACACUGGGGACAGGGGGGACAAUGAGAAUAAGUUUGGGGACCCUGGGAAUGGGUGGGGGCCACACUGGGAAUGGGUUGUGGGGACACUGGGAGUGGGAGGUCAUAUGGGGUCACCACUCUUCCCACAGAUCCGGGGGCACAGUCCUAACCCUUCCCCCCUGUCCCCAGAACCCUCCGGGGCUCCUUCCUGAGUUCUGGACUUUGCUCCUUGCCCCCGGCGACAUGACCAGAGGAAAAUUCCAUCCUGGGGAGGGAAGAGAGAGGAGCUGGGAAAGCCUGAUCCAAGAGAGCCUGAUCCCAGGAAAAGUUUCUUCUGGCAGCACCUAAUUCGAGGAUCACCUGGUCCCAGGAUCAUCUAAUCCCAGGGGACGCUGUUCCUGGCAGCAGCUGAUCUUGGAAAAUUGCAGCUGGCAGAGAACUACCUAAUUCCAGAAGAACAUCAUUCUGGAAUCGCCGUAUCCCAGGAGAAUUUCAUCCUGAGAGAGCCUUAUUCCAGGAGCACCUCAUCGCAGGGGGAAGCUCAGUCUGGGAUCACCUUAUCCCAGGAGAUCCUUGUCCCGGGAUCACUUUAUCCCAAGAUUAUCUCCUUCCAGGAGAAGCUCAUCCUGGGAUCCCCCACUCCUGCCACCUGCUGCCAAUUCCAGGGUCCCUCCCGCUGCACUUCGGGGUCUCCCUGUGUUCUCCUGCCAUGGCUGAGCCCUCUGGGGCUGGGGACAGCAUCCCAUUGGAAUGUCCUGGCCUGGACACGGCCGCUGGGGAGGAAUUCCUGCAGGAAGUGUUCCAGAUCCUGCUGGAGGAGGGCGUGCGGAAGAGCACAGAUGUGACACAGAAGACCCUCAACACGAGCCCGUACACAUACGAAGUGGCCCCAGUGCUGGUGCUGAUGGAGGAGCAGGUCCUGGCCAAGCUCCGGGAGCUCGUGGGGUGGAGCAGCGGCGAUGGCAUCUUCGCUCCCGGGGGCUCUAUGUCCAACAUGUUGGCCAUGAACGUGGCACGAUUCCGGCGUUUCCCGGAGAGCCGCAGCAGAGGGAACUGGGACCUGCCUCGCCUGGGCCUGUUUGCAUCCCAGGAGAGCCAUUACUCCAUCCUAAAAGGAGCUGCUCUCCUGGGAAUUGGCACCGACAAUGUUCACCUGGUGCGGACAGAUGAGAGGGGGAAGAUGAUCCCGGAAGAGCUGGAGAAGGAGAUCCAGAGAGUGAAAGCUGAGGGCUCGGAGCCCCUCUUUGUGUGUGCCACGAGUGGCACCACUGUCCUGGGCGCCUUCGACCCGCUGGACGCCAUCGCUGACGUCUGUGCCCGCCACGGGCUGUGGCUGCAUGUGGACGCAGCAUGGGGGGGCAGCGCCCUCCUGUCCCCCCGACUCCGUCAUCUCCUUGCUGGCAUCCACAGAGCUGACUCAGUGACCUGGAACCCCCACAAGCUGUUGAUGGUGGGAUUGCAGUGCUCGGCAUUCCUGCUCCGUGACAGCUCCGGGCUCCUGCAGCGCUGCCAUGGCGUGGGGGCCUCGUACCUGUUCCAGCGGGACAAGUUCUACGACGUGUCCCUGGACACAGGGGACAAGAGCCCCCAGUGUGGCCGCCGCGCCGACGGCCUCAAGCUCUGGAUCCUCUGGAAAGCCGUGGGGACCCGGGGGCUGGCACAGCGUGUGGAGCGGGCGUUCGCUGCCUCUCGGUAUCUGUUGGAGCAGGUGAAGAGGAGGGAGGGAUUCCAGCUGGUGAUGGAG